UUUCUUACAAUGGUUUGCUGAACGUCUUUAGGAUUGCCGAGUGCAAGAAAAGAUAACACCUUAAGAUAACCAGGCCAUCCUAUCCGUUUCUCAUUUUCUUCCCACUCAGCGGACGCCACUACACCCGUCUCUCAAUGGCUUCUCUAUUAGCCCUCUCCUCUCCCUCCCCUUCAAGAACUACGCCAAUCCUCCAUCAUCCUGCCUCUACCUUCAAGGGCAAUGUGAGAACGUUGAAGCCAAUUCCAACUCCAUUUACUUGUAUAAAAUUGUUCCGACAAAAUACCAGACCAAAAUCACCACUAACUGUACUCAAUUCAGUAGCUUCUGCGAUUCAAGAUUCUUCUACUACAACACAGAGCAGCGUUCGGUUUCGGCUCGACAACUUGGGUCCUCAACCCGGGUCUCGAAAGAAGGCGAAGAGAAAGGGGAGAGGUCAUGCUGCUGGACAAGGGGGCAGCUGUGGGUUUGGAAUGAGGGGUCAGAAAUCCAGGUCGGGACCUGGAGUCCGAAAAGGCUUCGAAGGUGGCCAAAUGCCACUGUAUCGGAGAAUUCCUAAGCUGAGAGGGAUUGCUGGAGGCAUGCAUGCUGGACUGCCAAAAUAUGUCCCGGUGAACUUGAAAGAUAUUGAAGCUGCCGGAUUCCAAGAGGGGGAAGAGGUCUCGCUGGAAUCCUUGAAGAAGAAGGGUCUGAUCAACCCUUCAGGAAGAGAGCGGAGACUUCCCUUGAAGAUCUUAGGUGAUGGAGAAUUGAGUGUGAAACUAAACUUCAAGGCUCGUGCAUUCUCGACUUCAGCAAAGGAGAAGCUUGAGGCUGCAGGUUGUUCCUUAACUGUUCUUCCCGGCAGAAAGAAGUGGGUGAAGCCAUCGGUCGCAAAGAACCUUGCACGUGCUGAAGAAUACUUUGCCAAGAAAAGGGCUGCAGCCAACUCAUCCGACUCGCCUUCUGUGUAAAGCCGGAACUUGUAGCCACAAAUUAAAUGUCACUUCAGGAAGAAUGUAAAGCUAUAUUCAAACAAUUUGUGGACCUUUUUAUUCUGUUCUGAAUAUAAUUUGUCUUUGGCGCUUUCAAUUAUAUUCAAGAAUUAUUCUACUUGUA